AUGGAGCUCUACGCUCGUCUCUUCCCGACCAGUGCUGUAGCCUUCAUUGAUUUGAACAGUGCAUUUGAUGUCACAAAUAGAGACAUCAUUCUAGACCAGCUCAUUGAUUUUGGAAUCAAAGGAAACCUUUUGAGAUGGAUACGUGGUUAUCUACAAAAUAGAAUCUCUCAUGUGCUGUUUAAGGGAGCAAUGAGCACUGCAAAGGAACUUGAACUCGGUACUCCACACUGUGGAGUACUUAGUCCAUUUCUGUUUAAUAUUCUCCAUCAUCGACUUCUUUCCCUACUUCCUGACACUGAUCACACAACCAUCACUUGCUAUGCAGACAAUAUAUGCAUUCACUCAGGAUCUCCAGAUCACUUGCAACCCUUCCUCUCCUGCUUCUACAAAUCAGCAUCCUCCUGUGGUCUCAUUAUCUCCCCAGAAAAAAGUAGAAUCUUCUCCCCCAAGUCAGCAAGGUAUCUGCCAGAAUUUACCAUGGGGAACGAUGUUAUACCUCUGUGCAUGCAGCAUCUUUACUUGGGAGCGCCAUUGCGGAUAACACCUUCCAUUCCAGCAAGACAGUGGGUACAUCCCAUGGCUCAAGAUCUGCUGGCCAGGUUACAGCGACGCCUGACUCCUGUCAAAUGGCUUACCAAUUAUUCUACAGGAGUAUCUAUCCUAGUCACCAGAACCAUAUACAUUACCCUAAUCCUCUCAGUGGUAGAUUAUCUUUCCCCUGCACUAUGUCAGCUCUCCAGAUCAACUCUACAGCCUCUCGAAAAAUUCCAGAACCAAGCAAUGAGUCUCAUCCUAGGCUGUCCAGCCUCCCUAGAAUUGUAA